AUGUCGCUUUUGGAACUUCCACCGGAAAUCCUUCUCUGGGUUGGCAAGAUCAUCGACAAGAAGGACAUUCGAUGUCUAUGUCUUGCGUCUCGAAAAUCCAACUUCAUCUUCAGAAAGAGCCUUUUUGAUUGCAUAGACUUUCAAGGUUCUCCGCCAAUCCAUUGGGCAGUCGAACAUAGAAGCUUGGGCAUCCUCCAGCUCUCUUUGUGUUCGAAAAAGGCAGACAUCAACGAAUAUUCCUCCGGCCUUACACCCCUCAUGCUGGCUACAAAGUUGCGAUACGCAGAUGCUGUUAACUUGCUAUUACGCCAUCAUUCCGUGAGAGUCACACAGCGUGACCUACUGGGGCAAAGUGCCCUCUCGAUUACGAUUUCGCUUGGAAUUGUCAAAAUUGUCGAACUACUCAUCAAUGUAAAGAACAUUGAUCUCAAUACCCCAUCCUUUGAUGGAAAUGCACCUUGUACAAUCGCGCUGACUUGUCGCCAACCGUAUAUCUUCCAACUUCUCUUGUCCGAUAGGCGAACAAAUGUCAAUAUUCGCGAUCACCAUAGCCAAACCCCGCUACAUAUAGCGGUGGAAAUUGGCGACUAUGGAGCAAUUCAAAUGCUUAUGCGACACCCGCGAGUUGAUAUCAACUGUCUCAACCACCGCAAUGAAACCCCGUUACUUCUGGCUGUCAAAGGAUACACCGGUCGAUUCCUCCCCAUCAAGAAAAAGCUGGUCAUCGUUGAAUCCUUGCUUCUCAAUUCAUACACUGACUUGAACCAUCAAGAUGAGAAUGGUCGUACCCCACUGUGGUAUGCGGUGGAAAACUCCGAUGCAAAGCUGACUGAACUGCUCUUGCAACAACCGAGCCUGAACCCAAAUCGCGCCGACAGAUUAGGCCAAACACCUUUGGCAAACGCUGCUGCAAAGGGCUCCUUAGCCUUGGUGAAAAUUCUCCUUCAACAUCCAGGGCUUCAUAGAAGUCCUCAAUCUGGCCAUGCAUUACCACCAUUUUGGUCGGCAUGUCGCGCAGGACAAACCUCAAUGGUGGAAUUUCUCCUCCAAAAUUCGGCCGAUAUUAACCAAAAAAGCCCAUCAGGGACGUCGCCACUUCAAAUCGCAAUCGUAAACCAGCAUCUCGACAUUGUCCGCCUCCUCCUCAGCGAAGAAUCUUUGUUGAUCAAUGACCAUGGCCAUGACUCCUUUACUCCGCUCAUGUUUGCGUCAGCUAAUGGCUGGUUUGCAGUUGUCGAAAUUAUAUUGGAGCAUCCCGACGUAAAUGUGAAUGCGGUGGACGACGUGGGGAGGACAUCUCUCUGGUGGGCUGCAGCAGGUGGGCAUUAUGAGAUUGUUAAGUUGUUAACCAAUCAACGUGGCAUCAUUAAGCGACUGGAAGAUUCGAAUGGACAGACGGCAUAUGCCAUCGCCAAGGAACGCAACCAUUUUAAUGUCAGGUUUCAUAUCCGAAGCCCUUAG